CUACAUGUAUAUAAUAACGAGACUGGGAUAUUCGGUUUGACUUGCUCGACGUCGAUCGGGAAGAAGAAUCGCUGUUCUGUUUUCUGAAUUAUUUUUUUUUACACGGUCAUGCAUGAUUAGGAUAGGAUGCCUCCGAAAGGUAAACCUGUACCUAAAGCUGCUGCGAAACCAGGAGCAAAAGCCACUACAUCUAAAGCUGGGACUGGGGCAAGAAAACCUGCUACGACUGGGAAAGCUGCACCAGGUGGAAGCAAGAAAGCUGGCCCUGCAGCAAAAGGUAGCAAAGAUGCCGGCAAAUCUACCCAGAAGGCUCCGGCCAAGCCCAAACCUCCGAGCAAGGAACACCUGGCAUCCAUUCAGAUACAGAAAUGGGUGCGUCGUUUCCUGGCCCAGUGUAAGCUGAGUAAGAUGAAGAAGGAGAAGAAAGAUUAUGAGGAAAUGCUGGAGAAGCUUGAAAAAGAGGCUUUCCUUGCAAUUGUGAAGAAAGAGCAGGAAAAGGCAGAGGAAGAGCACAGGAAGGAGAUGGAGAGAAGGAGAAGGAAGAAGCAAGAGAAAACUUGGGAGAAGACGAUGUUAGAAUCUGCUUUCGAUGGUAACAUGGACGACCUCCUAACAGUGUUGAAAGAGGUUGAUGCCCGUGACAAUACGGAUGGUGUCUCAACCGACGAGAUUGGACGGGCGACCCGUGCACGUCACCAGCUCGCCAUGGUCAACUGUGAAGAUGCUAACGGCAACACACCGCUAUCCGAAGCCGCCAGUGGUGGCGCUACAGAGGUCAUUCAAAUGCUGAUCGACAGAGGAGCUGAUAUCAAUCAGAAAGGCCAAUUUGAAAGGACACCACUCUAUAGAGCUGCCUUCGCUGGCCACUUAGAAGCUGUACAGACAUUGCUUCAGAACGGAGCCGAUCCUCGCAUCUACGCCAACGAUGGCGCCAAACCCGAACAGGUCGCUUCUCAGGAGCCUGUUAAGAAUCUCUUGGAAUCAUGGGAUGUGUCCAUGACGGAGUCGUUGCUUAGCAACAUCGAGAAGCUGAAGGAGAAGAGGAGAGAGGAAGAGAUGAAGAGACAGAAUGCCGAGAUGGCGAAGUUUGAGAAUCAGCUUGCAGAAGCGCAGAAGGUCAAUGAUGCGAUGCAGAAGCAGCUGAGUAGAGCAUAUUGUGAACUUGAGAAGAGGAUAGUAGAGCAUGAUAAGUGUAUGCAGACUGGAUUCAAGACUGAUAUCACUUUACAAUGUGUUCAUGAUGCCGAGCAUGAUCUUGAGAUGGCUAAGCUAUCAGCUGACGAAGCAAGGAAUAAAGUUAAUAAUAUCAAACUACAGAUUAGAGAGCAAAAGAAGGCUGCCAGUGGGGAAGAUGAGGUAGGUGUAAAGGUGAACUUCAAGGAGCUGAAUGAUGUGUUAUUAAGAGACGUGGGAGGAAAGAUCAAAUCCGAUGGUCGCUGGCCGAUGCUCCUUGACAACUCAGGGAGAGCAUCAACGUUUCUCCGUUAUCAGGACACUAACUUCAUCAACGCCCUCAACCCAAAUCAUAUGCAGCCAGAGGUUAUAAGGUGUGCUGUGUUAGGAGCCAUAAGGUAUGGCAAACCGUUUGUGCUUGAUUUCCUGGAGGUGGACAUGUUUGAGACGUGUGUUUCAAGGUUUGAUGAAGUUCAGCCAGGACUGCUAGAAGACAUCCUUAAUAAGAGUAUACUAGAGAAUGAAAAAUAUCUAUACCUUGUGAGAGACAGCGAUGGUGAGGAAUACAACAAGAACAAAUUCAUGCAGAACAGGGUCCAGAACUUCAAGAUGCUCCUAGUCUCGAAGAAUGAACUGGAUGACGCGAUAAUGGAGAGGUUCUAUGUACUCAGGGUAGUACUAGGUUGAUCGAAUUCAUGCAAGUCGCGUCCUUAUUGUGAUGUCAUUCCUACAUUUAAAUCCUGAGAGAUUGUUCAACAAUAGUGUACUCAAUACUCACUUUUUUUCUCUUCUCUUUGAAGAGAUUUUUCAACCUCUGUUAUAAACAGUUACUGAUUAAUCCUUAUUCUUCCCUGCUCCUGAGAUUCAUCAUUCAGUUCAGUAUUUCUGUCAAUUUUCCAUUCUCUCUUGUGACGCAUGCUAUCAAGAGAAAAUAAAGUUGGCAUCAGCAAGGAAAAUUAGGCCCCUCGUGAAAAUGGACAGUUGCGAGGUUUAAUGGUGAAGAUAGUCAUAGAUCAAUUGACCCUUUUCAUCUUUUGUUGCCCCUAAAGCUCAUAUUAAGUAAUGGCAGCAACAUAUUAUUUGAUCUAAAAGUAAUUGGAUAUAAUGUCAAACUAUGUGCCAGAACUCUCAGCCUGAUAUUCACUCUAGAAUGGUUCCUGAAAGUUUGCGAUUUCCAACCAUUGCUUUCGACAUAAUCCGCUAGCAAAAUUGAUGUCUGCCCUACUGAAGUGCGAAAGUCAACAAUGCAGUAUGUUUCAAUAUUUCAAUUGAAAAUUUUUAUUCAAAAUUUAAAUGUGUUAACUGUUGAUUGUGUGUCUUUCAAUAAUUCCUUGUAAUUUUGUGUGUGCUGGUUCGUAUAUAAACUGUAUUAAAUCUCAGAUCUUAUAUUUAUACCGCUUUUGUUAUCUAUUCCAUAGACCUCAGUUCAUUCCAUAUACUUUAUGUGUAAAUGAUUGCAUGAGCCUAUCAGAGACAACAAUCCUUGGUGGAAGUGCUUCCAUUACUGUGUAUUUUUUCUUGGAUUUAAGCAUUUAACUUGAUAAGGAAAGAUCACUGGUUGAUCUCUGACAUAGCACUGGCAUCCUCUGGCAAGGCUACUGUGAUAGGAUGAGACCCAGGGGAUACUUACUAUAAAAAUUAAUGUAUGUUAUGUAAUAUGUGCCGCGGUCUAGACCCUCAUUUUCAGCCUAAAUUUCCAUUCCAGAGCAUCACCACUUUAGAAAGUCAGUAGCCACGGCCAUUGUGACCAUUAUUAUACUAGAAAUAUUCCCCAGGGAAUGGCAAAUGAAAUGAAUGAACUGAUUAAUGCCUCUGUAUGAAUGUCUGCAAUGAGCCUCAUCAAUCAAGCUGCUACUUUUUGUUGCCAGUUAUCAUAACAGGGGGUGUGCCAUAAAGCUGUUCGUAAGUUACGAGCAACUUUAUGGACAACUGGAAUGAAAAUUUGGUGUAGACCCUGUAUCAUUCACUACAAGAAAGGAUCACCAGUCAAAUAAAUAAUUAGUUCUUCAUGUUUCUCUAACAACACCACAGGGGUAACACAGCUACUUAUUAUUUAUCUGUAAUUGAAUCCUUUGAUUAGGAUCACCAAACGUUCGUUAAAGUCGCUCGUGUCUUACAAACAGUUUUAUUUACACACAUUUUUACGCACAACUGGAACAUGUACUUAAGUGCUAAAUCGUGUACACAGGAAUCACUGGAGGACCCGGGGGGGGGGGGCACAGCCGGCCCGUGCCCCCUCUUUUGAGGACGUACCCUUUUUUUUGGUCAAACUUUCUCGUGAACGAAAUAUCCUUAAUUCUCUGUUGAAAACCUUUUUCUUUUUUCUUAGGAAAAACUGCCCCCCCCCCUUUUGGAAAAUCCUGGAUCCGCCCCUGACAGGGAUAUAUCACUUAGCACAAGAAAGGGAUUCCAGUCUUGCAUUAAGUCAUUUGUAAUUGAUAAAGAGCUUAAUGAAACACUCUAUUCUUGUGAGUAAAAAAAAAUGACACCUCACAAAUCUUCAGCUUAAGGGAAAAAUCUUCAUGAACACAUACAUAUUACAUGGCCUGUAAGAGUAUCUUCUCCAAAAUAAUUUGUUACCAUAUUUAUGUGGUAUGUGUUGACGCUUGGAUAAUCAGGAGGUAUUUUUUUAUUGUGAUGUAAAGUUUGAUAAGGCAUGGCUGCAAUGAAUGAAUUCAGAUGCCAAUGAUGUCUUAAUCCUACACGAGUCAGUAAGCCGGUUUGCAAACCUCUAUUCAAUAAAAUUAACUCGAGAAUUGAUACUCAGUAAAAAGUGUUUAUUAAACAAUUCUAAUGUUAAUUAUUGAAAAGUGUUUUGCAAUGGAUUUUAAAACAACCCAGGCUUAUGAGUUAUGACAUUGACAUCUGGAUUCAUUAAUUGGAGUUGUGCCUUACUUUGACGCAAGACAAAAUUUACACCACUGCAAAGAAUACCUAUAUACUAAUUAUCCAAGUGUGAAGACAUACCACAUAAAUAUGGUAUCAAAUUAUUUGGGAGAAAAUCUUCUUUCGGCUAUACAAUGAUUAUGUGCUCGUGUCAUUUUUUGUCUCACCUGCAUAGCAGAGUGAGACUAUAGGCGCCGCUUUUCCGACGGCGACGGCGGCGGCGUCAACACCAAAUCUUAACCUGAGGUUAAGUUUUUGAAAUGACAGCAUAACUUAGAAAGUAUAUGGACCUAGUUCAUGAAACUUGGCCAUAAGGUUAAUCAAGUAUUACUGAACAUCCUGCCUGAGUUUCAUGUCACAUGACCAAGGUCAAAGGUCAUUUAGGGUCAAUGAACUUAGACCGUGUUGGGGGAAUCAACAUCAAAAUCUUAACCUAAGGUUAAGUUUUUGAAAUGUCAUCAUAACUUAGAAAAUAUAUGGACCUAGUUCAUGAAACUUAUACAUAAGGUUAAUCAAGUAUCACUGAACAUCCUGCAUGAGUUUCACGUCACAUGAUCAAGGUCAAAGGUCAUUUAGGGUCAAUGAACUUUGGCCAAAUUGGGGGUAUCUGUUGAAUUACCAUCAUAACUUUGAAAGUUUAUGGAUCUGAUUCAUGAAACUUGGACAUAAUAGUAAUCAAGUAUUACUGAACAUCCUGUGCAAGUUUCAGGUCACAUGAUCAAGGUCAAAGGUCAUUUAGGGUCAAUGAACUUUGGCCAAAUUGGGGUAUUUGUCGAAUUACAGCCAUAAAUUUGAAAGUGUGUUGGUCUAGUUCAUAAAACUUGGACAUAAGAGUAAUCAGGUAUCACUGAACAUCCUGUGCGAGUUUCAGGUCACAUGAUCAAGGUCAAAGGUCAUGUAAGGUCAAAGAACUUUGGCCACGUUGCUGGUACAUGUAUUUGUUGAAUUGCCAUCAUAUCUCUUUAAGUGUAUUGGUCUAGUUCAUAAAACGUGGAAAUAAGAGUAA